GUCGAGGACCCGAUCGACUAUGGCCCGGACGAGGGAUUCCGAAUGCUGUUAGAACCACCGGGUUAUCUGGAAUUCACAGACAAACAGUACACCUAUCGGUUCUAUGCAUUCGACAAGAUAUAUCAACGAAAUAAAGGUAGCGACUGGUCAUCAUCUGAUACCUCUUUGGGUCGCUGGAAGGGAUGGAGUUUUGCGGAGGCCGAUUUGCUUCGUGAAAAUAAAUACGCAGUCAUGCUGUUUGAUGACGGUCAAGGGUGCUGGAACGGACCAUCCAGAUCAGUCAAAGAGUCAAACGUUUUACCGAUUGAUUUCUCCGAUAUCCUGUUCUAUGUGGUGACGACGUUUUUUGUUGUAUUCGUCACGAGCAAAAUUUUCCGAUCGAUCACAGGGCGUUAUUCAUCACGUGACGUGAAGGCAAAAUCAGUGACGACAGUCUUGUCCGGCGCUCGCGAUGAUUCUGAUUCGCCCGAACCAACCGGUUUAGCAGCACCCACCAAGUCUCAUUUGGAAAAGAAGUUGGCCAUGAAUCGAGGUUUGGAUUUGCUUAGCGAAGAGGAGAAAGAAGAGGAGGCCUCAGUUCGAGCCGCUCAGUUGUCCAAUAUUUUACAUCUGAUGCAAUCACAGCCAGAUCGAUUUGGCGAUAUGUCCAUGGAAGAAAUGAGUGCACAGUUCACACAGUUCUAUGUUCGCAAAAAUGAAGACUGA